AUGGGAAACACACAUUCCGAGGCUCCCGCGCAGAGGGAUCGGGAGCUGCCGCCGCAGACGGUGGAAGUGCACCGAAAGGACCGGGAGGACGAGAAGACAGGUCGGAGGUCAAACCUCUCCAGCAAAGAGGAGCAGCAGAGAGCGGCAGUCUCUGUGACCUUCGGCCCCGCGUGUGUCACGGACACGCAGCCGGACCGAGAACUGACUUCCCCGGUCAGUGCCAGCGGCCCUCGGGACACUGCGGCCGCCAUCUUAGACCAGAGGGUCAAACCAAACCAGGGUAAAAAGAGGAAGAUCGCCAAGGCGCGGAAAUGGACGUCUGGUCAAGCGACGGCACAGGAGGCUGCGGACAAGUCGAUGGGAGAGAGACGCCAGUCGUCGGUUGGGGCUCACUUGCCCGGGGCGGGGGAUGGGAGGGUCAUGGCCAUUCCUGCCCUUGCCCCGAGCCACCAAGCGAAAGAGCCGCCGUCGCAACACCAACCACAGCCAAGCGUUGGCAGUAGAGAGAAGGCUAAUGUGGCACCCUCUGCACUGGGCACCACCCCACAGCAUGGAGGGCACCAGGAGCCUGGGGAAGGUACAGCCCAUUCUCUCCCUCUCCCGGGCCGGAGUACGGUCACUGCCAAAGCAGACAGUAGAGCCCAGUUCACCUGCUCCCUGUUGGCCCCCCAGGGCAAGCCUGCGCCAGGCGAGGGGCAGGCCGCAAGUGAAAAGGAGUUACCCGUACGGUCAAGGGCCCACCCCGGGCCUCAGGAGGCCAGCAUGGACGCCAAGGCUGAAGGGCCAGGCUGCAUGGACAAUGCCCAGGGAGGGAAGGGGAGGCCUUCGGAGACAGAGCUGUGCCACUUCGGCGGUAAGGUGGGUGAGCGGGCCGCGGGCCAGGCUGGGUUGCCGCUGAGGACCCCAGAGCCCGGCCGCAGGGAGUGCACGAGGCAGCAGGAGGCGCCGGUUGCCUGCCCAGGUGAGGAGGGGGACGCAGGCCUGGACGGCUCCAAACGGGGCCCAGAUCAGGGUCGGGUCGCGGCACCCAGGGCCUACACCCCCCAGCUGAGCGCCCAACCACUCCAUCUCGAGAGGGGGGCCCAACCGGAGGAGCUGGGCCUUGCAGGCAGCAGGAAGCCCCUGCCUCCUGGCGCCAAGACAGCCGGAUCUCACCGGGCCUCACCGGGGACGGGCAGCGGAUACGCCCCGGUGCUGGAGCUGAGGAUAUCCCCAGGCUCCCCACCCAUCGAGGCCAAGCCAGGCUCCCGGGAGCUUGGUGACGCAGCGCCAGGGCAAGAUGGCGUGGUGGCAGCAGCGACGGGAUCAAAGAAGAAGCUGCCCUUCUACGAGCAACUGCUAGCCAGCCUGAAAAACCAGACCCAGAAGCAGAAAGGCACAAAGCCGCAGAGGCAGGGUCAGGCCCGGGAGGAAGCCAGCCCUCCCAAACCAGCCAAGGGUCACUGCCCGCUGGAGGGACCAAUCACUUCAGCCAAGCCUCUGCUGCUCACCAUCCCCCAGACCCAGGCCCAGGCCCAGACCCAGACCCAGGCGGAGCCGCCACAACCCUCACUCCUCCCAUCCCCAUCCUCCUUCCACUUUGAGGCGCCCCAGCAGACAGCCAAGGGAAAGUCCGAUCCCAAAGUCCUUCAGCGGUUUCAGCCUCAGGCCCAGCAACAGCUCCCUGUCUUCCAGUUCCAGAGCGGUAAUAGGAACGGAGCUCAAGAGCCGGCCCGGGCCUUCAGCCUCACCUCUGGGCCCGCUGGUGCAGCGGCCUCCAGCCUCCAACAACCCCAGGGACCCGGGACUGGGACCGGAAUGGCACAGUCCUGGCUGAGGCAGCAGCAACAAGCCCAGGCCCGACCCUGCAGCAGGCCCCUGGCUUCAGCCCCUUCGCUAUAUUGUGGCUCCCUGCCACCACUACCCCCUGCACCACCCCAGCAACUUAGCCCCCAGCCGAGGGAGCUCGGGCAGCCCACCCCCGUCAGGCCACAGGUGCAUAACGAGACCCCACCUCGCCCGCAAGCCCAGGUCCCACAACCUCAAGCCCCGUCCUCAAACCCCCUUCCUCCCCAGGCCACCAGCAACAUCCAGCAGCAGCAGCUUACCGUACCACCCACUCCACCUCCAACCCCGGCCAAAUUGGAAUCCCCAAAACAAACCGCAGCCCAGGCCUCAGCGAGAGGCCUGCAGCCCACUGCCGGCUCCAAACCCCAGGCCCCAUCCCCAGCGCAGGCCAAGCCUCCAAAACAGGAAGCCCCCGUACCACUCCCGAUAUCCUCACCGACACCCAAGGCUGCUGCUCCUGCUCCAGGCCAGUCCUCGGCCAAGGGCAAGCCACCAGCACAGGCCAAGGUUGGGAGGAAGGCCUCAGGCUCCUCACUCAGUCAGCUGCCUGUGCCACAACCCGCGCCUGUAGUGAGGCCCGAGCCCCUCAGAGUGCAGGCCGAGCCAGAACCGGACCCUGAGAGCAAGCAACCAGCGCAGAGGCCAACAGGACGCUGGUCGGCCUUUCAGAUCGACAGGACGUGCAACAGGAAAUGUCAGUGCCGACACCGAGAGGCCAAGGGGAGCUCACAGCUGCCCAGGAACAUAACCCGCUGGACCAACUCAGUGAAGGAACCAUUCUGCGAGACGCCCUGGGUUCGGACAGCACUGUUGGCAGGAUCGCUGGUAGCUGGCACCAAGUUCUGUAUGGAUCACCUCAAGACCAACAACGCUGUCAGCUGAACGUGAGCGUUGGCGUUUAAAGCAAGGGAGAGAGAAGGUUUAAAGAACAGUACUUACUUUUAUAAUCGAUCUGAGAUCGCAUUAAUUUCAAUGUUACAGCCCAGUCUGAUGGACCAACCGGGUUCACACAAGACAAUUCAUCAACCUAGUAUUAAAUGAAUUAAAAAUUUGGGAACUUUUAUGGUUUAAAAUGUUCUGCUGGUGAACAGUCAGCUUUAAGGGAGGAGGCAACCCAUAAUAAAUAAAUAAAACAAUAUGAAAUAUACUAUGACCAUUUACAAAAAGCUUAUUUCUGUUUUAGCUCUCUCAAUAUAACAUGUCUAAAAGCACACGGGACUUGGGAGUGCUGAUUCAGCCCCGAUUUAGUACUGGAGUAAGCACAGUAGCUGGUUUAAAAUAAAAUCUAUCUUCAUGAAAAUAAUGCUUGUGGAAUGGGGAGGAUGUGUGGGGUGCGGAUUUUCCCGGAUCUGUAUCAGUGAGCCAACAAGCUCCGAGGAAACCUUCAAUCAGCAACUGGUUUAGUUUGGGAUUAUGUUGGGGAUGGACUGGUUGGACCGAAGGGUCUGUUUCGGUGCUGUACGACUGUGAAAAUCACACACAAAAGCACGUGAAGAAAGUGGCUCAGUGGUUAGCACCGCUGCCUCACAGCAGCAGGCACCCAUGUUCGAUUCCCACCUUG